AUGCGUCAACCAAUCCGCCAGUGCCAGUGGUCUCCGAUAUUGCCUUCGUCAGGUGAAACGGUUACCCCGAUAUGCAACUCAUUGAAUGCAACGCUUGCCGAUCCAGAGUACUGGAAGGCGCAGGAGGUGCAUGUAUUGCUGGGAGCAAAUUUCGUGGCUAGAAGCAUUAUUGCGGUUGUGAAAGGAGGUGCAGAAGGCACAGCAUUCAUGGAGACAAUGCCGGUUGUAAUCAUUUUUGGUGAGUAUGCUCAACGGCGUGAUGAGCGGAUAGGUGAGCUUAUAUCAACAGUUGAGUGCAAAGACAAUAGGGAGCUAGAAAGAUUAUUGAAACAAUUUUGGGAGUUAGAGUCCAUUGGUAAACAUCCAAUUAGGACAGCAGAAGAGGACGAAGGCAGAUUUGUGGUUACUAUACCCUUAAGAGAUGUGCAAGACAUUGGCAGCUCCAAAGAGAUUGCCUUGCGCCGGUUUUUAUAUUUAGAGAAGCGGCUAGAGAAAGAGCCAGAAUCGAAGGCACAGUAUAGUGAAUUUAUGAAAGAGUAUGAGGAGCUGGGGCAUAUGCAGAUUGUUGAGGAGCAAGUAGAACAGAAUGCGUUAAGAUAUUAUAUCCCACACCAUUGUGUUGUGAAAAAGUUUCGCGUGGUAUUUGAUGUGCGCUCUCGCAAAAAUAAAGGCAUAUCCUUAAAUGAGGUGUAA